UUAUCAUUCAUUCACACACAAACACAUAAUUAGUUCAUUCAAGUCAGUCAAUUGAAUUUUGUUACAGUCGUCGACGAAUUAUGGCGAGUAAUAUCGUAUUUUUCUACAAAGAAAGAUACUUUUUAGUAAAAUUGUAAAUAUUUAAACUCAAAGACAUUAUGUGACAUAAACCAGUGGUUUGAAGUGCUUGUGAUUUAUUACUUUGUGCGUUUUUGAAGUGUUAUUUUUUUCGUGAAUUGCUAAAUUCCGUGCUCAACACAUAUCUCUAUAAAUCAACGCCAGCCAAAGACAAGACUGAAUUUUUUACAUCUACAUAGAGCUAUGUAGACUAUUUUACAAAAAAAAAAAAAAGAAAUAUAUACUACAUUCCAGCAUGUUCCACUGACGCGCAUGCGCCAAAGAGUUGUAUUGGCAGCCAUUUUGUGUAGCGAUACCAAUACAAAAUGUCGUCUCCCGCCAUUAGAUCGGUCGUCGAAGAGAAGGACGGCGACGAAGCGGAGGAGAAACUUCUAGAAGGAAACCAAGUGUACAUAGUACCGCCUGGCUCCCAGAACGAUGAGGGGCUUCUUUCGGUGAAGUCUUCGAAGAAAGUAAAACUCCCAGAAGAUGAAGGCCCAACGGUGGGAGCGGGUCGCUUCACUAUCGGCCCGGCGCCAGAGAGGGAUUGGGAGAUGGUGCCGCCGGACGGCAAGUGGGGAUGGUGCGUGCUCGUAGGUGCGACCCUGGUUAAUAUCUUAAUCCCCGGGACCAUUAAGUCGUUCGGAGUACUCCUGGUAGAAUUCAAUGAUGUCUUCGACGCAUCACCAACAGCCUCGUCGGGCAUUGUCGCUUUGUGUUAUUUUUUGUACAGCAGUUUAGGUCCCCUAUCAUCAAUCCUAUCAGUGAAGUGGUCGUACAGGACGGUGACCCUAAUCGGAGGCAGCUUCGCAGCGUUCGGAAUGAUUUUCAGCAGUUAUGCGUUCUCUAUCAGCUAUUUGUACUUAAGUUUUGGAGCUAUGGUGGGGACAGGUGCAGGCCUGGCUUUCCCGCCUACAGUAUACAUCGUGACUUCGUACUUCGUCCGGCUCAGGGGUCUGGCGAACGGCAUCUGCAUAUCGGGAUCGGCUUUCGGCAGCAUUAUACUACCGCCGGUGCUGCGGUAUCUUCUCGAAACAUAUGGUUACAAGGGAGCGGUGUUAGUGCUUGGUGGUAUCAUGCUGAAUGUGUGGGCUGCUGCAUUACUGUUCCAACCGGUUGAAGAACAUAUGGUGAAGAAGUACAAGGAGCCUGAGGAAGACGAUGAUGGGCCACAGGACGACAUCCUCUUCGAAGAGGAAGAACCCAUUGAAGCGUACAAUAUGACGUCACACAACGCAAAACCCGAGAAUGGGCAUCCAGAGAUGACGAAGGAAAAUUCAGAAAAGAAUCUUCCGCUGUCUUUGACUAACAGCCAAAGUUGUAUGCCUUCCCUCUCGUCGACGAACCAACUAAGACACAAUCACUCGAAAAGAAAACUCUCGUACACCCGUCCCAUACAGAAGCCAUACAGUUCCACCUCAAUAACAAGAUUGGGCUCACAAGAAGCCUUCGCGAGACGGCUAAGCUCCUCGGGACCGAAAAGAAACUAUUCAACAUCAAGUUUCGCCUAUGUGACCACUCCAUUCCACGGUUCUACCCUAUCAGCGUUCGAGCGACCAAACGAGUUCGCCUCCCAAUUCUCCCUGAAGUCCAUAACGGAUUCAGUAGUAGACGUGGCGUACUGCUGUUUCUGCUGCAAGAAGAAAGAACGUAAAGAAUCCAACAAGUUCUUCGACUUAAGCCUGCUAUCAGAUCCCACAUAUUUGGUCAUAUUGCUCUCGAGUAGUACAGUAGCUAUAUCUUGCACGAAUUUUAUAAUUCUUCUACCAUCACAUGCUAAGGAGAUUGGCUUCGAUAAGUCCGCUGGCGCGUUGCUACUAAGUACAGUGUCCGCUUUGGAUUUGGUCGGCCGAGUUGGCGGCUCGGCGUUGUCCGAUUUGAAUUUGAUCCCGAAAACGUUCUACUUUGUCGGUGGUCUCUUCUUCUCCGGAUUGUCUCUGGUCAUUCUUCCAUUUUUGAAAUCUUAUUCCGCCAUAAGCGUUUGCUGCGCUCUGUUCGGAUUGGCGUCGGGUAUAAACAACGGUGUAACAACAUUGGUCAUGGCCGAAAUAUUGGGAUUGGAGAGGUUUAUGUCCACUUAUGGGAUCAGUUUGUUCGUCAACGGUAUAUUGCAGUUGGUCGGUCCACCCAUAUGUGGAAUAUGGUUUGAGAGGGAAGGGAACUAUUUGAGUAUGUUUAUAACAUUUGGUUUUAUAUUUAUUGGCGGCGCAUCUUUAUGGUUGCUAAUGCCAAUUAUUAAUUGGAGAAAGAGACUUGAACCAUUCGUGGAAGAAGAAGCCGGUGACAUGGAAGUGUCUUGCAACCCCAAGAUGAUGUUAACACCUGACGACAUUACGCCCAUAUGCGAAAAGCACCCUAACGGAUCGCCGCCGAUCUUUAAAAACAAAUCCAACGCUAACUUCGAUGACAAAUCGUCGCCCAAUAAAGAAAAUUUCGCAAGAUCAGCCAGCGCGGCUCUAGUGACCUCAAGAGAUAUCGAGAAAAGCAGAAAAAUAUCUACCCCAGUAUCAUCGAAACAUGGUUUGCAGCAUAUCGCCAGCAAAAACCAUCUACCAAGCAACCCGUCUCUGCUAGAAUCGGUCCCAGAAGGCAGAAGUUCCAGAGUUAACUCUCAGGAAGCAUUUGGCAAAAAACUAGCAGUUCCAAAGACUCCGAAACGUAGCCCGUCAACAUCUAGUUUUCAAUACAUGUCGACACCUUUCCACGGCUCCACGUUAUCAGCUUUUGAGAAACCUAGCGAGUUUGCAUCGCAAUUCAGUCUAAAAUCCGUAACGGAAAGCUUAGCUCCGAUAGGUUACUGCUGCGGUUGGAAAAAGCGGCCAAAAGACGACGAAACAAAAAAGGAACCGAGCAAAUACUUCGACGUGCAACUUCUAAAAGACCCUAUCUACCUGGUCAUCCUGAUUUCGAAUUGUACAUGUGCAAUUUCGUACACGAAUUUCAUUAUCCUAGUGCCUUCUUACGCGCAAGAAUGUGGCUUCGACAAAUCGCUAGGGGCGUACUUACUAUCGAUAAUAUCCGCACUCGAUUUAAUCGGCAGAAUCGGUGGCUCAGCACUAUCCGAUCUAGUGAUGACCCCGAAACGUUAUUUCUUCAUAUUCGGCCUCUUGUUAUCCGGUAUCAGCUUGGCUAUAAUACCAUUGGUAUCCAGUUAUUUGGCAGUCAGUGCGUUCUGUUCAAUUUUCGGUAUCGCUUCUGGUAUCAACGUGGGUGUAACUGCUCUUGUCAUGACCGAAAUGUUGGGUACCGAGCGGCUUAUGUCCUCGUAUGGUAUUAGUUUGUUUGUGAAUGGCAUUGUGCAGUUAGUCGGACCUCCUAUCUGCGGAAUAUGGUUUGAACAUACCAAAUCGUAUAAAUCACUUUUUAUUACUCUCGGUUUUAUUUUAAUAAGCGGCGCAGCGCUAUGGGGGUUCGUUCCGUUUAUACACAGAAGAAGGAAGCUUGCCGAGAGGAAAUCCUUGUCUGAAAAGGCGUAAUUCUAUGUUACAGGUAUACAUGUUAAUAUUAAUCUAUAUUUAUUUAACGGUUACUAGCUAUUUCCUUAAAUCAAGAAGCGUCAAACCUAAUAGUGAUUGCAAAGUUAAUUCUGAAUCGAUGGCGAUAAAGUUAUGACCUUUUUCGUCUUCCAUCCCGCUUACAUUAUUUGAAGAGUAGUUGAUAGAGAGAGAUGAAAAAUACGUUGUCUUAAGCGUCGGCAGUUCUUGUUGCCAUCUCACUUACACACAGCGGUAUUAUCGAUACAGAUGUGAUAUAUUUCAAAUGGAAUUUAUUGGCAUCCAUUGUUUUAUAUUGCAAUUAAUUUUUGUAUUUAUACUUCUUGGUCGAAAUAGCAACUAAAAUGGCUGACAAAAUACUUUUGCUCGUUUAUGUAAUGGUACGCUUUAAAACGACUUUCUACCAAUAAAACUGAAGAUUUUUCAAAAGAUAUAUGAAUCAAAAAACAUUUAGAGCCAGCCUUCUGUACAAAUUUAACAGCAGAAUGGGAACAAUGGUGUAAAAUCACUGGCACUCCCUUGUCCCUUCUUAUGUUGCCUUAAAAGAAUUCUAUUGAUUUUUAAGAGAUAGAAAAUAACGCAAUCAUGUAACGGAAGAAAGAAUGAAAUAUUUGUAUUCAAAUUUAGAUUUAAAUAUUUUUAAAUAGUAAUUAUUUUUCAUUGCCACUCAUUCUGAACGCAAUUUCAGCCAAGAAGAACGGGUAAGAAAGGCAGCUGUUUUUUUUUUCAAAAGUUUAAUUAUACAAAUAAUUUGUAUGAAUACAAACUAAAUUGGUUUAUUACAUACAAAUUAAAAAACAUUUAUUUAUUAUUUUACCUGGGUUAUCUUGAUAUUUCGACCAGAUUACACCAGCCAUGGUCACGAGCAGACUUCACCGAAAUACAUAAUAUAGUUAACAGCUUUAUUUACUUUCUCUUAUAAACCAUGGAACGAAAAAGUUAAAAAUCUAAAAGUUAUAUCUUUGUAUGUAUAUACAAUACUUCUGAUUUAACCCAGUAUAGUAAAUAGAACACACCAAAUUAGGUAAUUUGAUAUACACAUAUAAAAUAAAAAUUUUAAACUCCGCCAGAAAUAAAAUACAUUAUGUAUUAAAAAUAUCAUUUCUCGUUUUACAUUUAAAACGCGUCAAAUUGCAUAUUCAUUACUAAUACAUUCCUUCUGUCAACGUAAUAUAUAUAUAUAUAUAUAUAUAUAUAUAUAUAUAUAUAUAUAUAUCAAAACAAACAAAUUUAAUACACAUUUCAACCGCUUACAUAAUAGUUACAAACCGAAUUGAAUUUUUUUUUUUUAUCUGAAAGGAUAUAAUUAUUAUUAUAUUUAUUUAUUCAGACACCAAAAGGUCUGAAUUCAGACUUUCUUCUUAUACUUACAGAUUGGUCCCGUAGAAGUGUUAUCAAAAUCGGCCAGUAUUUUAGUUUGAAUCGAAAUAAUUGUUUUUAUCACAGUUUAAGUUUUUCUGUGAGACUCAUCACACGUCUUUAGUUAUUCUUUAGUUUAGUUACUUCAUUUUCUGGCACAAAAUAAAUCUAUAAUUUAACAGUAGUAACACUAAGUCAAACGUGAUUAUAAAUAAAUAAAUAAUAUGAUAAAUAGAAGUGCGAACAAAUUACUUGCAAUUUUGAAUUUUAUGAUUUAUCUCAUUUGAUAAAAAAAUAAUAAAUGUAGAAAUUUAUAACCUAAAAUUUCUUUAUACCAAUAACUACUACUCAGUGAAUUAAUUUUGUUCUAUUUUCACGAUUAUCCUAUUCAUUUUCUCAAAUUUUUUGUAAUAUUCUACAACGACUAAGCCCAAAACGUAGUAGCUAUCUAGUUAAUAAAUUUCUCCUUUGAAGUUGAUUUUAAAGCAUUAUUCUCCAUCUUAAAUAAUAAAAAUUAAUUUAAUAUUUCUACAGAAUAAAUAUUUUAAACACCUACUGGUGUUAAACAAACGAAAUGCGUCAGAACUGUUUUAUUGUACAUUUAAUACUUGAUGACCCAUAACAAUCAAAUAACAUUUUUGGUAAUGCCAACUCGGAACCAACUCCAUUGGCCGAUAACACACAGCGUAAACCAGAAGAUUUAAAACUAUGAAACAUGCAUAGAAACUCCCUAAAAUGUAGAUUAGCACUAAUAAAGCAUAAUUUUUUAAAUUAUGAAAGUUUACGUAAAUUGUCGAUGAGAAAUCGCGUCGGGCGUAAAUCCCAUAAUAAUUUGGUCAAUUAAAUUGUAUUAAAAAUAAAAUGGAAGCAUUAUAAAUGUAAAAGAAAUAAUUGACAAAUAAUAUUAUUAAAUUAAUUACAUUAAACAAAUGUAAAGCUUUUUUAACAUAAAAAAAAUACAAUUAAAAAUUGUAUGAUUAUAUCGAUAUUUUUCUCGAUACUUCGCGCAUCCCUAUUUGAUAUGGUAAAAAGUCUACAAAAAUGUACUGAAGCUGAUAUUUAUUCUACUGCAAAUAUAUGUAUUGUGGGCUUUGAUUACAGUAAAAAAACAUAACGUAGGGCAUUAUCCUGCUGUAGGACUAUUCACUCACGAUAAAAUUGCAUAAGCGCGCGAGCUUCGAGAUAUCUUUAUGAAUGUUAAACUGUGUGCAGUGCAUUAGUCGAUGUUAUGUUAUCGAUAUUAAGUUAUUAAUUGUUUAUGGGGGGGGGGGCUGAUGUUCUAUAAAAAUAUAAACAAUACACAAAUGUUAUAAAAUAGAUAUUAAAGCAUUUUAGUAUUUCGCAAGUUGGCCAACUAAUUAUAUUUUAUUUUACACUCAUUGGAGUUUAUGUUACGUGUCAAGAUUAUGAGACGGAACUAGUCGAAGCAUUUUAGACUAAAAUCUACAUAAGUCAAUCGGGUUAUUUUUUAAUUCAAAUACCAAUAAAACUACAAUAUCUUUUAUAGUUUUGUAAUACUAUUGGAACUAUUUAUUGUGUACAUCCUAUAUUUUGAAAAUAUUAAUGGAAUCCUAUAUAUAAAUGAUAAUGUAAAAUGCCAUGUGAAUGUUUUUAUAAUGGGAAUUUAUUCACCCACCCAUUCAAUGCUUCAAAAGAACCAAUGUAUUUUAAGUUAAAUUUCGUCAAUAGAUGUACUUACAUAUUUUUAGUUUACAAGUAUAAUAGUAAUAAUUUAGUUAUUAAUUGUUUUUAAUUGGGUUGGGUAACUUUAUAUAUAAGUUUUUUGAAUAAUAAUUGUACUGACGAUUAGUUUAAUUUUACUAAGUUUUAAAAUUAAGUAAAAACGUUUGUUCUUAUUGAAAAUAAUGCAAUAUAACAGCACUAUAUCUUGAAAACUCAAAUUUUAGUUUGAUAAUGCAGCGAAUAUUACAAUUGUUGUUAUAAAGGCCGACAUAAAAUAAAUGUACUUAUAAUAAAAUUGAGUCAGAAAUAUUUUGUUUCGUAAGCACACAUUUUAAUGCAAUAACUACCGGUAUAAUAUUCAGGCUCGCGCUCGUGUCACAGCCAUACAUGAUUAAGGAUCACAAAUCGAUUCCGAUACUAGUCGAGCUUCCUUGAUUUUUUAUUUAUACGUAAGUUAAACCAGUGGUUAUUAAAAUAGAAAUACUUUACAUUUAUUUCUUCAUAAAACGACAACGCUCUCAUAAAGCAAUUUUAGCUAUUAUGUCUCUUUCUUUUGCGCUAAAUUCUCAGUUUUAAUGAAAGUGACAAAAUAGUGAGAUAUUAGUUUUUAUGAAUAAAAGCGUUAGUUUUUGAUGGUCUGUUAUAAAUUAAUUUCGCUAAACUAUCAAAAUAAAAAUUUCAGUUUUAUAAAGUUAGAGAAUGGAGCCAUAGGAUCGGCUCUGUUGCCAAACGACUGACAGCUAGAGUCAAAAGCUAUGUGCUUUAUAUAAAAUAUCCAGCCAUGUCGUUACUCAAAGAGAACGGACUUUGGAAUAGAUGGUUAACGCUAGAACAAACUUCACAAUCUGCAAAUGCAGGAAGAUUCUAUCCAGCGCUAAUUACCUAUACUAUAUUAUUAAUGCAAUAAAAAAUAUACUAGUAAUGUAGGUGCUCAGUUAAGAAAUUGAUUAUUAAUUAUGUUCAAAUAAAAUAUAUUAAAGUAGGUGAUUUUAUAGUGCAUUUGUUUAAUGAAUUUCAUAAAUCUUAGUUUAUAAGAUACAUUAUUGUAAUUAGAAAAUCUGAUGGUAAAUUAACGCAUCACCAAGUUAUAAAAUAAUCGAUUUACAACGCUACAAACAUAAGUUGGUGCUGAUAUUUCGAUUACAAAAACUCGACUCUAAAAUUAGUUAUUGACAAUUCAUGACCGCCAUAUUUAUUUUGCAAUCUCAUAUAGUUAAAGCACUGCCAUGAAUAAAAUUAAUAUAGUAACACCAAAAAUAAUAAUUAUCAUGAGUCAUACUAUAUUGUAUUUAUAUUGGCUUUACUCAUGAUUUUAAAUUCGGAGAUGCCCGAUUAGUUGCAACGAGCGACACAACCGUAAAUCACGCUCAUAAAUAAGGGCUCCUACUUCGAAACUAGUCGGGCAUCCCCGAAUUUAAAGACAUGAGUAAAGCUGACGUAAGUAAUUACAAGACAGCAAAAAUUGUAAAUUCGUCAACCCGUUAUUAAAUAUUUUCUUACACUCCAAAGAUCUUGAAUAUUAGAAAUAACAUUAGAAAUAACAAUCAAAAGAUGACCUCUUUUUUCGACUGAAUUACCUAAACUCGCUAAAAAGUUGGUCCUUUCCUUUGUCAUUGUGCUAGCAUGUAGCACUAUAAAACUUUCCAGUUUCAUUAUGUCAAUUUGUGGGCGCCUUAUUGCUUUCUUACUAGCAAAUCGCCCCGGCUUCACAUGGAUAUAAAUUCUACAUACAAACCUUCCAUAAAAAUAUCUAAAUUGUUUAGAAGUAUCUAAAAGAAUAAACAGACGGACGUGGGCAGAAACUUUGUUUUAUACUAUUUAAAUACCUCGAGAAACAAUGCAAUACGUCUUCGAUAUAUAUUUGUGUAAUUGAGUGUUAGUGUUUUUCAAUGAGAAAAUUAGGAAAGUAAUUUCUAAUCGUGAUUAUCUUUUACUUUCAAAAGGCUGCAAAUCAGCAAUCUUGGCAUAGCCAACUGUAGUACCGCUGUUAUAUGCACAAACCUUUCUCCCGUCAAAUUGAGCUCGAAUAAUUCUCGAAUAAGAGCCAGUACUUUAUAGAAUCAUAUAUCGUUUCUAUUUUUAAAACUUAUUGUUAUUUUUUUAACGAUGUCUUUAUACGUGCACAACGGGAUUUUUAUUAACAUACUGUGUUUACUCCUCCGACGCCGUCAAUAUCCUUACUGACUCUCUGUGAGCUGCAGCCCGCAGUGUGAGAUAAGACGUGAUGUAAAGCAUCGUAUGACCCCUAAACAAGAUUUCCGGAGGAAGUCGAAACAAUUGUCGGUAACGAUAUACGAUCACAUAGUGAUUUAGUGUUGGCAGAAAAAUCAGGUUAAGAGUCAAACCAGCUCCACAUUGGCUUACUGUGUAGUAAUUAAAUAAGUAAUUACAUGCAGUAGUUUCGUAAAAUUCCCGUUGUGCAAAAAAAAAAUACGGGCUACAUUGCCGUAUUUUUAUAUAAUCAUCGAUAUUGAGAGUUCCAAAAGCUUUUAUAUCUUUUACUUCGUCCAUUUUCACGCACCUAAUACAAAUACGCUCACCCCGAAAACUCUUAGCUCCUCCCUUAAACAGCGCUCAGUCUAUUUAACUAUGAUAGAUCAAUUUGGGACUCCUCGGAUACUUGGAGCCUUCCACUUUCACACUGUAUAUAUAAUAUAUAUUUCGUCAAUUUAAAAUCUUUGUGGAUAUACUAAAAGCUAUUAUUGUAUGUGAUAACAUUUUUUGAAUUUUAGUACAUGAAUUCUUUUGAAUUUUAAUAAUUAAAACAUUUUAUCGAUAUCGAUAGUUGUACAUCACUUUGUUUUAAAACAUUGCACUUUUUUUUACUAAGUUCACACUACAUUAUAUAAUAUUUAUACGAUUCAUAAUUAACCAAUCAGUGGAUAAACUCUACUCGUAGUGAUUACAUUGCUCUGUGGACUCUACAGAGUAGCGUAUAAAAAAAAUGUUUUUUUUUUCUAUUUGCGAUUGGUCUAUUUGUAGUUUUUAAAUAUAUUUAAAGACUGUUCACUACUCUAUGCGUGUGAAAUUUCCUUGGUCUCUACAGAGUCGAGUAUAAAGAAAUGUGAUGUGGUUGACCUAUCGUCACAUGCUGAAGACUAGGCAGCAUGGCCGCUGACCUUAGCCUGUUUCUUAUGGAACAAUCUUUAUUAAAAAAAAACUAUCUUCACAUCUGUCAUACACAAUACUGAUUUAAAUUAUUUUUUCAAUGUACGUAUAUCAAAGAUUUUUAUUUAAACUGAGCGAACAAGAAUAAAAAUGUGUAUAAAUGAAGUGAAAUUAAAAAAAUCAUGCCUUACUGUAUUACUAAAACAUAGUUAUUCCAUUUUAAUAGUAUUAUUGUGUAAUUAGUGUAAAUAAAAUGUUUAUUAACCGAAUUAUUGUUAAUUUUUAAUGUAAGAUACAUAUUGUUAUAUUCCGUUAAAACAUUUUUGCAACUUGAACAAAAUAAUAAAUAAUUGAUUAACUGUAAAGUUGGACAGGACAAUCCUUAGCUUAUCCAAUCCUUAGUUCGUCAAAAUAUAAAAUUGAUUGCUUAUUCGUGGCACUAGAAACAAGUCUUAAGUCCUUUCUACUGUACAAGAAUUUAAUGUUAACCAAAAAAUCAACCAAUCUGAUCAAACAGUGAAAAAUAUUUGUAUAUUAAAAUUUAAGCACCAAU